AUGGCUUUCCUCUCCUGUAGACCCAACUGUGACAGCAACAAAAAGAAAGUCAAUAUUAAAAGCUGGCAAGCUGUUAAAGCACACAGGUGCAUUAUGGGAUGUUUAUUGUCCUUUGAAGCAUGUUUUAGGGCUGCUGUAUUUAUCUCAUGGUACUUGAUACUCAUUUCUUCUUUUUUUCUUUUUCUUCUUCCACAGUCGUGGUCACUUAGGAGUGAAUUUCAUCAAUUAAGACCUGGAGAAAUUAAAGAAUCCCAGGAGGAUUUUUUGAUGAUUCAUCUCUUCAUAGUGAGAUGCUUUUACAAGUCUGUUGUCACUUGGGUUUGGUUUCAUUUUUUUUCCCUGUACUGUUUGGUGCCAAAGUUCUGGAAUCUGUGCCGAGAUAAGUAUGACUUCCUGGAACGGCUUCCUGUCCCAUUGCUCCUGUACAUCAUUUCCUUUCUGGAGCUUGAAGAUAUUGCCAGACUUUCUCAAGUUUCACACUGGGUGGGACUCGUUUCGGUUAUUUUGGGACGAGCCUCUUCCAGAAUUCCCGGUGCUGCGGGGCUGUUCCGCCGCCAGAGGGCGCCGGGCCCCCGGGGCACGGCCGGAGUCACGGGGAACGGGGAAGAUCCGCGGGAACGGCGGGAGCGGCUGCGCUCUGCUUCCUAUAUUUAUUUUUUUUUUUUAACAUACAACUACCUAUGGGACAGUGUGCUAUGGGAAACUAUUGUGGAGAACUUGUGUGACACAAUCACACCUGAAAUGAAGGAGCUGGCACAGGAAGUGGGCUGGAAACCAUUCCUCACACACAUAUGUCAACUGAAGGAGGAGGCAGAAACAAGAUGUUCAGAACAAAUAACUGAAUAAAGGUGCAUUUUUCACUGAAGCAAUUAUUGUAAGGUGCGGGUUUGCUGUUUAUUGGGUCAAACACAUGGACUUCUUUACUGAGGAAAGCAGAUUUUUUUAAGGAUUGAAAGAGGAAAACCAAAAUAUGUCUUACUAGGAGCAACAUGUAAACAAUACAAUCUUUAAUAUGUUGGGCAUCCUGAAACCGUGUUACAAUCAGCAUCAUAGCAGUUACUAGUAAUAUAAAUGGUUGUGGCUUCUUUGUACUUCUUCAUUCUGACUUCUCUGGUUUGUGUAUCUGCUAUCCAUGCUCCAUGGCUUAUAGCAGAUGCUGUGCCAUUGUCAUUAGGACCUUUACAGAAGCAUCUAUCACUUCGUACUAGAAAAAUUGCUCUUGAGCACUGAGCCUUUUACUGUCCCCCAUGGUAAACCUGCAGUGUUUACAGGCCAAUAACAUGUAGCUGGUUUCCAGUUUGAUGUGUGUUGAAAUGUUUUUAAAUUAAUUAUCUAAACUUCAAACAAAUAAUAAUUUUGUCACGAAGAAGAAACUUCUUUGGAGACUGAGAGUGUGGAUCAGAUGAUCAUCCUCAUCUUGGACAAUCCUUCAACACCAUGUUAGAGGCACUCUGCCAGGAUGGCAAAUGGGAAACGUCUUUCCUUCAUCCUGCUGAUGCAGGAACUAAUUUACUUCCAUUGUUCAAGUUGCAUAUUUGAUAAGAGAUAUUUGCUGUCUUUCAAGACUGUAACAACUGUUCCUUAAGAGUGUAUAUAUGUAUGUAUGUAUAUACCAAUAUUCUGGAAGCAUUUGGUGAUCGUUGAUCUUAGAAGAAACACAUAUAUAUCCUUUCUUCUUUGUGAUUCUUUCAUUUUAGGAUAAUGACAAAU